AUGUCUAGUAACAAAAAUUUAAUAGAUACCGUAGAGUGUUACAAUGAAGAGACCGGGAUGUUUUAUCCUACUAAUCAAAAAGAAGAAUAUUUGGCAAAAAUAAUAUAUAAUGACAAAGAACAACUCGUAUUAUUACAAACUGAGUCAAAGAGCUUAUCAUUUGAAAAAAAAGAAACACGAAUAGACAAGGCAGUGGAAGCUAAAUCCAGUCUACACAUAGAUGAAUGCUAUAUUGUUAACGAUGAUUCACAAAACUCAAUAUCGUGUUCGACAACAUUGGACAAAAAUACAUUAGAAGAAAUGUUGAUUGAAGAAAUCAGAAAGAGACCUCCUUUGUAUGAUUAUACAUUGCCUUUGUCUGCUCAUGGUAGACACAAACUUGCAGAAUUAUGGAAAGAAAUUUCUAAUGCUCUUAAUGGUCAUAUCAGUUCUGAGGACGCUAAAAAAAGAUGGAAAACACUUAAAGACACGUUUAGUAAAGCAGUGGCUGAAGGAAAGAAACCCAGUACAUCAGCAAGAUCGAAUUCACAAAAACUUUGGAAACAUUUUGAAGCGAUGUCCUUUUUACGUUCGGUGUCUACAAAUAGAAAAUGCUUCAAGAGGCGUUUAAGGAAGACUGCAUUUCAAGGUCACAGUCCGGGAGGUGGCACAAGGCGUUCAAGGAGGGCCGGAAGGAGAUCGCCUUGUGCCACCUCCCGGACUGUGACCUUGAAAUGCAGUUUUCCUUAA